AUGGGGCUCCAGCUCCGCCGGCGGCUAGAGCUCCGCUCCGAGGGCGACCAAUACGGCACAGAUGGGAGCCGCAUCUCAAACAAAGACCUGGAUCCUGUGCCACGGGACUCGCCACAGAGGACGUGGGGAUGGCCCAGCCUGCUCGGGUUUUGGAUCGCAGAGGCCUUCUCUAUCUCGAUGUAUCAGGUGUCGUCUACAUCUGUCUCCAAAGGCCUCAACCCCGGCCUCGCUAUCUUGGCCGUCUUUGUCGGGCACUGCCUCGUCUGCGUGCCAGCCAUGCUCGACGGCUAUGUCGGCUGCGUGCUGGGAAUCAAUUUCCCCGUCCUGACUCGGGCCUCAUUCGGCAUGCGCGGCUCCUACCUCGCCGUCUUUAUCCGUGGCGUAGUUGCAUGUAUUUGGUUUGGAACUCAGUCCUUCCAGGGCGGGCAGUGCCUCGCCGUCAUGAUCUCGGCCAUCUGGCCGCAGUUCGACAACAUGCCCAACCACCUGCCUGCGUCUGCCCAUGUCACUAGUGCAGAGCUUCUGUGCUUCUUCCUCUUUAUCUUUAUCCAGCUGCCGCUGCUGUGGUUGCACGUCAGCACUCUGCGGUACAUGUUCAUGGCCAAGACGCUCAUCAUGCCUGUGUUUGGCCUAACGCUGUUCACUUGGGCCCUCGUUGCAGCCAAUGGAUUCGGCCCAACCUUCUCGAAACCCACCCACAUCAGCGACGGCACCCCGGUUGUGGUAGUAUUCUUUCAGUGCGUCACCUCCGCCAUCGGGCCCAAGGCCACCCUUGCCCUCAAUAUGCCCGACUUCACGCGCUACGCGGCCUCUCCCCGGCAUGUACUCUGGGCCCAGGCUGUAGGCCUUCUCGUGCUUGUGACCAUGUGCGGCGUCGUCGGCGCCACCGUGUCUUCGGCGUGCGAGGUCAUCUAUGGCCGCGUCACCUGGAACCCGCUCGAGGUCGCCCGGCUGUGGGACAACCGCGCUGCACAGUUUUUCGCUGGGCUCUUCUGGGCUUUCGCCGUGGUGGGAACAAAUAUCAGUGCCAACUCGGUGAGCUUUGGGAACGACCUUAGCUUGUGGUUUCCCCGGUACGUCAACAAUCGGCGUGGAGCCUACGUCUGCGCCGUGCUGGGCGUAUGCACUAUGCCGUGGUACAUUCAGUAUAGCGCGACAUCUUUUUCUUCGUUCCUCGGCGGGUACUCACUCUUUCUGGGCUCCGUUGCGGGCAUCAUCGUCUGCGACUAUUGGGUCUGUCGGGCCAGGAGCCUUAGAAUAUCCUCGUUGUACGAUCCAAAAGGGACCCAUUAUUACACUAUGGGGGUCAAUCCCCGCGCCAUCAUCGCGUUCAUCUUUGGUAUCGUGCCGAAUAUGCCUGGGUUGGCCGUAGCCUGCGGUGGCAAGGGCAUCCCAAAACAGGCCACAUACCUAUACAGCCUCAGCUGGCUGGUCAGCACCCUGGUUUCAGCGUCCACAUACUGGCUGUGUUGGAAAGUGUGGCCUUUUCCAAUUGAUCAGAAGCAUGAAGUGUGUAUCGAGGGCCAGGCGCCGAAGUUCCAAGGAAAAGAGCCAGAGCAGAUUGAUGUUGAUAAGCUAGAAAUCGCUUGA